AUGCAGACGUUUGAUCCCGCAACAGGCGAGCAGCUGCCGUCUGAAGCCAUUCAGCGUGUGCUCUUCAUCGCGCCGGCCGUGCAUGUCUACAACAUCCCCCCUUUGGCCUCAAACAAGGGCUACAUGGCCGCAACCUGGACUGAGGAUCCCAAACGCCACAUCUUCACCGCCAGACUUCGGGCCAUUGAGACGGCCAUUCCCCAGGCGGGCGGCGAGGACAAGGUCAAGACGGACAUUGUGCUCGAGGACUCGUCCACGGGCCAAUUAUUUGCCGCUGCACCUUACACAUCGGCUGCCGUCGUGGAGCCCACGCUGGACAGCUCCAGGUUUUUUGCCGUUAGAGUGCAGGACGGUGCGGGCAGGAAGGCUAUUUUGGGCGUCGGCUUCGAGGAGAGGAGCGAAUCAUUCGACUUUGGAGUGGCCUUGCAGGAGGCGAGAAAAGCCUUAGGACUGGACCAGGACUCGGCUGGUGGACCUCAUGGAAAGCCCGCACCUACCGACACGAAGCCCGAAAUUAAGCGCGACUGGAGUUUGAAGGAAGGCGAGACCAUCACAGUCAAUCUCAAAGGCUCAAAAUUCGGAUCCAGGCCAAGAGAUGCCGAAACAAAAGCUGCUGAUAACGCACCAUUAUCAUCAUUUUCACUGGCGCCACCUCCGUCUGCUCCAUCAUCAUCCUCCUCUUCUUCAACCUCAAUGGGAGGUGGUUUCUCUCUCCCACCGCCGCCUAGUGCUCCUCCUCGCUCACAUGCGAGGUCACCAAGCCACAGCGAGCAGCAAAAAAGGGCUGCUGCUGAUCUAGGCUUCGACGAUGGCCAGAAUGGGGAGUUUGCCUAA